UGGAAAGCACGCAGUUUAGAGAACAAAAAAAAAAAAAAAAACUUGGCACUUCGUCUCUGCCAUCGUCAGCGUUGGCUUCAUCGUCAAGCAUUCAAAGUUGGCUCUUUCGUCGAGCAAUUCGACAUCUUCCUCUGGAUCGGCAAUCAAUCCUGCGGAACGGAGUGAUCAUCUGAACCAGCUAAAAGGUGCCAUCUUGAUUUGUUUCGUAGAUCUUCGUCGCCUGUUUCACGAUGGACGACUCUUUUAGCAACCUUCCCAGCAGCCACCUGCUCGGCUCAGUCCCGGCUGUUAUCACUGAAGAAAAAACUAACAACAAACACAAUGUACCUGAAGCGAAUUUACAGAUAUUUCCUCCAGAUAGUGGUGGGAAUGCUGGCCAGGGUUAUCAAAAUGUUGGAGGUUCAAGUGGAGGGGAUGAGCAACAAACAACAAACAACUGGAAAGGAGUACUAAGAAUCUCAUCAUAUGCUCAAUAUUUUAAUGUAGAUACAGAUGUCGUCUUGAACAGAUUGAUGAGCUCUUUAAAUCCUACAAAUGGAGAUUUUUUCAGCAUGAUUGAUGCUAACCCUGAUCUCUACGGUCUAAUCUGGAUUGCAACAACAUUGGUAUUUGUCAUUUCCUCCUUUGGAAACUGUGCCACAUAUGUGAUGCACAAAAGAAGUGAAACUAGUACAUCUUGGACCUUCGACGUCAGCUAUGUGAAUGUAGCAGCAUGCUCAAUAUAUGGUUAUUUACUUAUUGUUCCACUAGGGUUUUACUUCUUGCUUCAGUAUCUUGGUUCAAAUGCUAGCUUGGUACGUUUUUGGUGCUUGUGGGGAUACUCCUUAUUCAUUUUCAUUCCCACUUCGUUUUUGUUGAUGAUCCCUGUGGAAUUUCUAAAGUGGGUGAUCAUGUUGGUAGCCGGGGGUGUAUCAGCUGCCUUUGUUGCAUUAAAUAUUAAGAACCGCCACAUACAGCAACCAAAUGAACUUUCUAUAGUGCUGCUUGCUGCUUUUGUUCUCCAAAUGGGUCUCGCGAUCUUCAUCAAGAUGUGGUUCUUCCCAUAGCCCUUAAUUUGCCACUAGACCAUUUCUGGAACAAUAACUAUUUUCAGCAGUUUGCAUAGUUAUAGAUUCACUUGCGGCGUUAAUUAUAGUCUAGAGAAAUUUAUCAUGUUUUAAAGGGUUUAUGCGCUUCGACGACAUGCUUCUUGAGUUCGUGGUCUUUGAGGGACUGAUUUGAUUAAACAUCAUUGUAAUACGAAAACUGAUCGGGUUGAAGAAAGUAUUUUCCUACAAUCGUCUGCAAUCUGCAUUGCAAGUGACAAGUACUUUGACUACUUUAUGUGGAAUUAUUCUCCAUCCAGAGCUGUAAGAAAUGCUUUACUGUUACCAAAUCUUGAUCAUUUUCCCAUUCACAUGUGUUAUUGGUGCUUAUGGGAUAUCCACAUCUUUUUUCAUUUCUUUUCCAUUUAAUCGUCUUAUUUUGUACUUCG